ACACUCCCCAAACCAUUUCACAAAACCCAAGCAGGUCGGUGGUCCCCUUUCAAUCUCUCCGGUGGUUUAUCGAAAGAGACGAGAAUGCAGAGGUUUUGUACUAAGCUGCGUUCCAUCUCCCUCCACUCAAAUCGGAAUCUCUCUUUCACCAGUGUUCCCCACCGUCUGAUCCACCAUUCUCGGAGUCCCCAGUCAACCCUAGGUUUCGCCACGACGAGUAAAUGGAACUUCGUUUCUCCGUCGAAUCCCACCUCCACGGGGUCGAUCUCCGUUCCUCAUCAUUUGGUUCAAGUAAGGAAUAUCACUUCCAAGGAUAAAAUGGCGAAAUGGAAGAAGAAGUGGAGACCUAGGACUCCAAUCACAUCCAAAGUCAAGAAAGUCAAGAUCAAGUUUUACUCGUCAUACAAAGACAGGUUUAGACCACUGAAUUAUGGUACCAUCCUUCGCUGGAAAGAAGGCAAGCGCCACAACGCCCACUUGAAGUCAAAGAAAUCAAAACGUAGACUGAGACAGCCUGGACUAGUACCACCAGCAUAUGCCAAAGUCAUGAAGAAACUCAAUUUCUGCAAUUGAGAGAGAGAGAAAGAAACUGUUCAAUCUCUUCUUCCAACUUUCCAGAUAAUUAAUGAGCUGGUACCCAAAGGUUUAACCAAACCUUGGUUCUUUUUUUUUUGUGUUUCAGUUUUAACCUUAUCACAAAGUAAUACAUUGUCACUUUUGACCAAAAAGGUUAUCAAUUGUCAUUAAAUUAAUUAAUUAACAUCGAGGAACCAACCUCUCUCUUCUGUUUAGAGAGAGAAAAAACCUCUCUUCCUCUUCACACUUCAAAUUAUUUCAGAGGAAGAAGGUUUUUGUUUAUGGUUCCUUUCUGUUUUUUGUUGUAAAAUUUGAUCUUGUAAGAUCGAUCUCUGUCUUCGCUUAGGCGAUUUUCCUUCUUCCCUCGGGGAACUUUUUAAUGUGUGUUUUAAUAAAUUCCA